CUCUCUCUCUCCUCACCCCUGCCCACUGUCUCUGCCAUCCCCAUCUGCCGUGCUAUUCCACCGACGACGUCUACAGUCUGACCUCCUGCAGAGCUGGUGCCCAUCAUGCUCUCGUUAACGGAGAAAAUGCUCCCCCAACCCCCGUCCUUUUCCAAGAAGAAACAGUAUGAGAUUCAUGAGGUUCUUGGGACGGGCACAUUUGGAAAGGUCAUGCGUGCGACAUGGCACGUCCCUCCCGAACAAAUCAACGUCGCCUUGCGCGGUGCAGCCGCAACCCUACGCCCCUCCUCGCCCUCCCGCACAUCCUCCACGACCACCGCAUCGACCCGCCCUCCCCUCAGCCCGUCCUCCGCCUCUAGCUCCUCACACUCGCUCUCCUUUCCAAGCCCCAUCCGCGUCGCUCGAUCUAUGUCUGGUGGCACGUUCGGGCCACACGCAAAGGAGCCCCCUCUGAAGCGUGACGUCGCGCUCAAGGUUAUCCCAAAGAAGAAAGUCAAGGGUAACGAAGCGAGCGUCUGGGGAGAGAUGGAGGUCCUCAAGGGGCUUGACCAUCCCAACAUUGUCAAAUUUUAUGAAUGGUUUGAAUCAAGAAGCAAAUAUUACCUCUCCUUCGAGCUAGCUGUUGGCGGGGAGCUGUUCGAGCGCAUCUCACAGCGCGGCAAGUUCACGGAGUCGGAUGCUGUGUCUGUCAUCCGUUCUAUCCUGUCAGGAGUCAGGUACCUCCACGAGCACGACAUCGUGCAUCGGGACCUAAAGCGAGUCAACAUCCUGUAUCGCACGCGCGAUGCACACUCAGACAUCGUGAUCGCUGAUUUUGGAAUCGCCAAACACCUGCACUCGUCAGAAGAGCAGCUGACGUCGCUCGCGGGCAGCUUUGGGUACGUCGCGCCGGAAGUGUUGAACAACAAGGGGCACGGCAAGGCGGUAGACAUGUGGUCGACUGGGAUCAUCACGUACGUUCUGCUCUGCGGGUAUUCGCCGUUCCGCUCGGACGAUGUGAAGCAGCUCGUGCGCGAGACGACGGAGGCGAAGAUUGAGUUCCACGAGCGGUACUGGAAAGCCGUAUCUAGUGAAGCCAAAGAGUUCAUCAAGUCGUUGCUCAACCCCGAGCCGUCGAAACGGCCGACGGCCGAGGAGGCGCUGUUGGACCCUUGGCUCACCACGCACGAGCCCUCGACCGAGCAUGAUCUGUCUGGCCUGCGUAACAACUUCAACCCCCGUGCGCGCUGGAAGAGCGCGAUCCACUCCGCCGUCGCGCUCAGCCGUUUCUCGCGGACGAGCGCGCGGACGAAGUCG